CUUCACCGCCACUGGCUUCAGUCUUCACACUUCACUAGCAGUAGCAGCCUGCCUUACUCCUGUGCGCCAUAGCCCGCAGCUCCGCGCCUCCGACUUAAGCUAUCGGUCAGAAACUCCGUUGACCGUCGUCAGUCGUGAAGCAGCAACUCCUCAGACUGAAUUGAAAUUCAAGGUUUUUACUUUGAGAUCUUUCAAGAUUCUAAACGAGUUCCAGACAUCACUGUGAAUGUUAUUUGGAGUUUUCAGGAGGGGAAAAAAUGUUUCUUUUUGCAUCAAGCCCUAAGUUCAACCUUGAUUCUCUUUCAUCACUCUGUGUUAAACAGAGACAUCAUUGUAAUUCUAGCCAUGUCUCUGUUUUGAACUUGUUAUUCUCAUCGUCUUUGAAACAAUGCCAAACUCUGAACCAUGUUAGAUGUUUCGCUAUCUCGAGGGAAUCUGAGCAAUCUGAUACAAAUGUUCAUCAGAAAGAUAAUUCAAGGCCUAAAAAAACUACAAAACUGAAGAUAACCAAAGGUUCAGAAGAUGUGGGUAAAGAAUCUAGUGAAAUCUUCCCCACUACAAUCCCUAAAAAGCCGAGGCGUGGUCGUAGGAGUGAAGCAGCUGCAGUUGAGGACUUUGUGCGUGAUAAAUUGGAACAGACAUUUGCGUCUAUAAGGGGGCAGAAUUCAGAUAUCAUGAAAGACAAAGACAAAGGAAGUAUCAUGAAAGAUAGCGUGGUUGAAAGUCAUGAUACGGAUUGUAGUAGUGAUGAGAGUGAUGAGGAUGACGUUGACAAUCAAACUGAAAAAAAGAUGUUAGUUGAGGAAGAGGAUCCAGAUUGGCCACUAGAUGCUGAUGUGGGUUGGGGAGUUAGAGCAUCAGAGUAUUUUGAGAAACAUCCAAUUAAAAAUACUGUAGGAGAAGAUGGUGUUGUAGUUAACUGGGAAGGAGAACUUGAUGAUUGCUUGGUGAAGGAGAUCAAUUGUCUUGAGUGGGAGAAGUUUGCUUUUCAUCCCAGCCCUCUGAUAGUUCUUAUUUUUGAGAGAUACAAAAGUGCGAGUAAGAACUGGAAAGUUCUGAAGGAGCUAGAGAAAGCAGCUUUGGUGUACUGGAAGGCCAAAGAUCGAUUGCCUCCUCGGACUGUAAAGAUAGACAUCAAUAUUGAGAGGGAUUUGGCCUAUGCUCUUGAUGUUAAAGAAUGCCCACAAAUAUUGUUUUUGCGAGGAAACAAGAUAGUGCAUAGGGAAAAAGAUAUGCGAACUGCAGAUGAGUUGGUUCAGAUGAUAGCACAUUUUUACUACAAUGCCAAAAGGCCUGCAUGCAUUAACGAUUUGGAUGUAUCUCCACCAUUUUAAUCAAAGGAUGGUAUUUUACCAGUCCAGAUCAAUUCAGGAUUUUUGUCCACUGUAAUUUCAAGGGGAGUUACUGAAUUCAUCUAGCAAUCACCCGAAGAUUCCAGGGAAAGAUGUAUGAAUAUACAUCAUUCAAAGACUAGGCUGGCUCGGAAAAGAGAGGUUGGAAUCAAAACAGUUAUCAACACUAGACUGGCUCCCAUCUAUUUUCUGAGAGUGCGGGGGAAAAGCGAAUCUCAGGGUACAUCAUAGAGCUGUAUUCUCAGAUGCAUGAACCAUGUAUGAUAUCAUGUAUGUAUACCUAAAGAUUUGUCAAGUUUUCAUUUGAUGCAUGUUGAGGACCUUAAACACA